AUGACCAAACAGAACGGGUACACCUUCGAACGUGAUGCUGGGGUUGACGUCAACGCGGUAAUCCGCAAACCAAGCUAUCUUUUAGGCACCUGUAAUCGUACACUAGGGUCCGGUGAAGCUACCGUUUCCCUGGCCAGUCGUGAGCGGCUGCAGGUGCGAUUUAGGUUCCAGCCUCUGAGGCAGGCCUUUUCUUGGAACGGCCUGGAGGUGUUGCCGCAGUGCCCUGUGGUCUUUUUUGGGCGACAGUCCCUUGAUAACACUGUGGAGGUAUCUCUGAGGUACACUUUACCUUCAUUCACACUAGCUUCGACCUUCGACACCGCGCCGCCCGUCAUGUACGAGCCAGGUACGGAGAUGGAGCCCAGGUGCAAGGUACCCUACCCCCAACCCGGUGCCGUUGUCAUCUCAGCUUGUCACCAAGUAGACGACCAAGUGCCGUCUGGGUGA